CGCACGCUCGCGCGCCCGUUCCAUGAGAACCCGGAAGUGCGAGGGAGAGGCGAGCCACGUGGGUGGAGCUGGAGCGCAGCUCGCAUGGGGGAGUCUAUCCCGCUGGCAGCCCCGGUCCCGGUGGAACAGGCGGUGCUGGAGACGUUCUUCUCUCACCUGGGUAUCUUCUCUUACGACAAGGCCAAGGACAAUGUGGAGAAGGAACGAGAGGCCAACAAGAGCGCGGGGGGCAGCUGGCUGUCGCUGCUGGCGGCCUUGGCCCACCUGGCCGCGGCAGAGAAGGUCUAUCACAGCCUCACCUACCUGGGGCAGAAACUAGGGGGCCAGUCUUUCUUCAGCAGGAAGGACUCCAUCCGCACCAUCUAUACUUCCCUGCAUAAUGAGCUGAAGAAGGUGGUGACUGGCCGUGGUGCCCUUGGGGGGACCGCACCUCACGUGGAAGAGCUCCUUUCCCACCUGUCAGAGCAGCUCUGCUUCUUUGUUCAAGCUCGGAUGGAGAUCGCAGACUUCUAUGAGAAGAUGUACACCCUCAGCACACAGAAGUUCAUCAAUGCUGAAGAGCUCGUUGGCCUUUUAGACACCAUCCUCAAGAAAUACAGCUCCAGAUUUCACCACCCCAUCCUCAGUCCUCUGGAAAGCAGUUUCCAGCUGGAGGUCGACGUACUGAGUCAUCUCCUGAAGGCCCAGGCUCAGGUCUCCGAGUGGAAGUUCCUCCCGUCUCUGGUUAACUUACACAGCGCUCACACCAAGCUGCAGACUUGGGGCCAGAUCUUUGAAAAGCAACGGGAGACCAAGAAACAUCUGUUUGGAGGGCAGUCCCAGAAGGCCAUUCAGCCCCCACACCUUUUCCUUUGGCUGCUGAAACUCAAAAACAUGCUUCUUGCCAAAUUUAGCUUCUACUUUCACGAGGCACUGAGCCGACAAACGACUGCUUCAGAAAUGAAAACGCUGACUGCAAAAGCCAACCCAGACCUCUUUGGAAAGAUUUCCAGCUUCAUCAGGAAAUACGACGCUGCCAACGUGUCCUUAAUCUUUGAUAACCAGGGUUCCGAGAGCUUUCAGGGUCAUGGCUACCACCACCCCCAUUCCUACAGAGAGGCCCCAAAGGGCGUGGAUCAGUAUCCAGCCGUGGUAUCUCUGCCCAGCGACAGGCCUGUCCUGCACUGGCCCAAUGUCAUCAUGAUCAUGACAGACCGCACGUCCGACCUGAACAGCUUGGAGAAAGUGGUCCACUUCUAUGAUGACAAAGUUCAGAGCACCUACUUCCUUACCCGCCCAGAACCCCACUUUACCAUUGUUGUCAUUUUCGAGUCAAAGAAAUCUGAAAGAGACUCCCACUUUAUUUCCUUCCUUUGUGAGAUCUCACUUGCCCUUAAGAACCCCAAGGUUUUUGCAAGUCUGAAACCUGGAUCCAAAGGUAAAACCACCAUUAGCCUUAAUGAUAUGGUCUCCCGUGUACCUAAAAGAAAUAUGCUUCAGUGGAACGUGGAGGCGAGUGUAAAUAAAACAUAUAUACGAUAUUUAAAUAAUUAGUCCUGGUUUAGAAUAUAUUUGAAUUGUAUAUUUAUUUUUAAACAUAUUUUGGUUCAAGCUAAGAAACAAAGUCAUUUUACUCUGAGAUUUGUCCUUUAAAAUCAGUAAUGAAAUGAUCUAUAAAGUCUGUGCUUUGCUAAUUGGAAGAGUACAUCCUCAUGUUUUCUGCAGAUUGCUUGGAAAUAAGUUUCUAAACCACAACUUGAUUGAUGUUUAUGGGUAACCAGGAGUGUAGUGAACACUUACUUGUUACUUGUUUGCCAACAAGGCCAUCAAGGAGUGUUCAUUUCAGGAUGCUGUUUGGACACCAGGUCUUUUGGGUCCAACCUGGUGUCUGACUAUGUCAUUUUAGGGAGUGUGUGACAAUAAAGCUGAAUUCUUAACUGAGGAGCCAAUACCCUUUAUAUAAUCGCUUUGUAGGUUUGGACAUACUGGAGAAAACUUACUUUCAAGAAAGAAAAUAGUUGGUAUUUUCAACCUCACUCCCAGUAGUCAGGUGAUGGUCAAAAUAAGUUUACCCUUUGAUCUAACAGCAAACUUGCAAUUUUCUUUGUCAAGUCAGCCUCUGACCUUGCCUUCCUUAUCUGUAAAAUGGGGAUAAGGAAACGUGGGCUGUCUUUUUCAAAGGAUGUGUAAGAAUGGAGUGACAUCACGCACGUAAAAAAAAAAAAAAAAAGGCUUUGCAAACUUACUUGAGUUUGAAUGCUGUUUAAAUAAAAGAUGGACCCCUCUUUCAUUAAACUCAGCACCUCUCCUGUUCUUGUCUUUCUCGUCAGAUUUGUGACAAACCUG